AUGAACAAUAAAACUUUCUCCUUUUUCUUGGUGAUCUCUUUAACCAUUUUGCUUCUUUCCAUAAAAUUAUCCAAGCAUGCCGAUUUCACCAUUGUUAGUACAUUUAUCGGCAUUCGAACCUAUUUCGUAGGCGAAUACGACAUUUUUACCGUGCUAAAGAGCAUUAUUGUCUAUACGAAACAUCAUGGUCAUCGUAAUUAUUAUCAGGAAGACGGGCAUAGGAGCUCGUGUGGCGACAACAAGUGGGACUCGGAACUCGUGUCUUUGUACAACGUUAGUGUUGUCUACACUGUCGGUUUGAAAGGUUGCUCGAAUUUUAGCAGCUUGCAAAAGGCAGUUGAUGCCUUGCCCGAUUUCAGUCAAUCUUGGAUACUUAUUGUUCUCGACUCGGGCAGAUAUAGGGAAAAAGUAGAGGUGAGUUCAAACAAGACAAAUUUGAUAGUCCAAGGUCAAGUGAAGUUUCUAGAAAAAAAAAAAAAAAUAUAUCAAACGACGCAAUGCACCUUGGGUCGCUACGGAAACAACCUCCUUAACACAGCACCGGCGCCGGAUCCCGGUGAUGUCGGAGGUCAGGCGGUGGCAUUGAAGGUCUCCGGCGACCGGUCGGCUUUCUACGGUUGCGGUUUUUAUGGAGCACAAGACACUCUACAUGAGGCAAAAAUUCAGCAUUACUAUAAAGAGUGUUUUAUACAGGGAUCAAUUGAUUUCAUUUUUGGAAAUGGUAGAUCACUUUUUGAGGACUGCACCAUAAAUUCGACGGCAAAAGAAGUAGCAUCUGGUGGUGGGGUCAGUGGCUCGAUCACAGCGCAAGGGAGAAACUCGCGGGGCGAGAAAACGGGAUUCUCGUUCGUGAGGUGCAGCAUCAGUGGAAGCGGAAGAGUGUGGCUCGGAAGAGCGUGGGGACGUUACGCGACGACUGUUUUCUCUAGAACGUACAUGUCUCGUGUAGUGGCUGAUGAGGGGUGGAAUGAUUGGGACGACUCCUCUAGAGACGAAACGGUGUCGUUUGGUGAAUACGAGAGCUACGGGCCCGGAGCCAACUCUACGAAUCGGGCCGCGUAUGCGAAGCAGCUGAGGCAAUGCGAGGCGGCUCCGUACAUCGACAUCUCAUUCGUUGAUGGAAAAGAAUGGCUUAUUUUAAAUUCAAAAACAAAUUCACUUGAUUUUUGUUGA